UUGCCUCUUCCUCGGCCAAUGGGAGCCGCAGCACUUUUCCAUCAAACCUCCCUUUUCAGCGUUCGCAGAGAGGCGAUCUCAUCCAAAUGUUGCCGCUACGAGAUCGGAGGUAGACGUGACGCGCGGACUACUACUACUACUCCUACUACUACUACGACUUGUACUUGUACAACAACUACUACUAUCCGAGACGCUGUUUGACAAACUCUGUGAACGAAUGACGACUGAAGGAUCGAUACGGAUUUGGGCGCAUAAUGUUGGGAUGGAGUUUCGAGACUCGUUUGGCUCCAAGGACGACUAGAACACUUUCUUCCAACUUGUCCGCGCCGGAUGCGCUCCUCUCCCAUGUUGGAUUAUUGUCGUCGGCCUCUCUGAAAUCGCACCCACUUUGUGUCGCUUCGUUUCCCAGCCUCUUCGGACCAUGGCGUCGGAUCGCGGGGUCCCAGGGGCCGCCGGCGUCUUUGGAGAUUUACCCCCGAGUUACACGCGCUCCCAGCCGGCCACCAAUCCUGACGUCCCGCGGAGACCCAGCUACUGCCACGCUGCGUUCGCACUUAAACACAUCUCAAAGGGGAAAGCAGUAGGUCAGAAAGCUCCUCUGUGGAUCCGGGCGAGAUUCCAGGCCCUCCUGUUCUCUCUGGGAUGCCAUAUCCAGAGGCACUGCGGGAAGGUGCUCUUUAUCGGACUCUUAGUGUUCGGGGCGCUUUCAGUGGGACUCCGAGUGGCCGCCAUCGAGACGGACAUCGAGCAGCUAUGGGUAGAAGCUGGUAGCCGAGUGAGCCAGGAGCUUCACUACACCAGGGAGAAGCAAGGGGAGGAGUCCAUAUUUACCUCACAGAUGCUCAUCCAGACCCCCAAAGAAGAGGGCACCAAUAUUCUCACCCAGGAAGCUUUGUUGGUUCACAUGGAAGCCGCCCUGUCUGCCAGCAAGGUCCAGGUUUCACUGUUUGGAAAGUCGUGGGAUCUCAACAAAAUAUGCUAUAAAUCUGGAGUUCCUAUAAUAGAAAAUGUCAUGAUUGAAAGGAUGAUUGACAAGCUGUUCCCUUGUAUGAUAAUCACUCCAUUGGACUGUUUUUGGGAAGGGGCUAAACUGCAGGGAGGCUCCGCCUAUUUACCGGGUAUGCCGGACAUCCAGUGGAUGAAUCUGGAUCCAGUCAAGCUCAUGGAGGAACUGAGUCAGUUCACUUCCCUGGAAGGAUUUAAGGAGAUGUUGGAUAAAGCACAGGUGGGCCACGCUUACAUGAACAGGCCUUGUUUGGACCCAUCAGAUAGCGACUGCCCUCUUAGUGCACCCAACAAAGAACAAGGAGAGACUCCUGACAUUGCCGGGCAUCUCCAAGGCGGUUGUCACGGUUUUAGCCGGAAGUUCAUGCACUGGCAGGAGGAGCUGAUCCUGGGAGGACGUGUGAAGAAUACCCAGGAUGCUCUGAUGAGCGCUGAGGCUCUCCAAACCAUGUUCCUGUUGAUGAGCCCUAAGCAGCUGUAUGAGCACUUUAAAGAUGACUAUGAGAUCCACGACAUCAACUGGAAUGAAGAAAAGGCUACAGCCAUCCUGGAGUCAUGGCAAAGGAAGUUUGUGGAGGUGGUCCACCAGAGUAUUCCGUCAAACUCCAGCCAGUCAAUUCACGCCUUCUCCACCACCACCCUCAACGACAUAAUGAAGUCCUUCUCCGAUGUCAGUGUCCUACGGGUAGCUGGAGGGUACCUGCUUAUGCUGGCCUACGCCUGUGUAACCAUGCUGAGGUGGGAUUGCGCCAAGUCCCAAGGGGCCGUGGGGCUGGCCGGCGUGCUGCUGGUAGCCUUGUCGGUAGCUGCAGGACUGGGUCUGUGUUCCUUACUGGGACUCUCCUUCAAUGCUGCAACCACUCAGGUGCUUCCCUUCCUGGCACUUGGAAUUGGUGUGGAUGACAUGUUUCUUUUGGCUCACUCCUUCACAGAGGCUGGGAGUAACAUUCCCUUUAAGGAGCGAACUGGAGACUGUUUGCGUCGCACGGGCACCAGCGUGGCUCUGACUUCCAUCAACAACAUGAUUGCCUUUUUCAUGGCUGCACUCGUGCCCAUCCCAGCCCUACGAGCUUUCUCCUUGCAGGCAGCCAUUGUGGUGGUGUUUAACUUUGCCAUGGUGCUGCUCAUCUUCCCCGCCAUCCUCAGUUUGGACCUCCACCGGCGUGAGGACAAGCGUUUGGAUGUUCUGUGCUGCCUGUACAGCCCUUGCGCCGACCGCGUAAUCCACCUCUCUCCCCACGAGUUGUCGGACACCGCCGAGCAGCCCCAUGCAACACCCACGCACACCCAUCAGUACACGACAGGUUCUACCAUCACCACCAGUACGCAAAUCACCACCACAGUGCAGGCAUUCACUCAGUGCGAUGCAGCCGGGCAGCACAUCGUCACCAUCCUGCCGCCAACCUCUCAGAUCUCCACUAGCCCUACUUCCAUCAUUGUGUGCCCUACCUCCCAAUCACAAGCGAUCACACCCACACCCAACACCCCUGUUCAGGAUCCCUACGGCUCCCAGCUCUUCACACCUACCUCCAGCUCCACACGGGACCUUCUAGCCCAGGUGGAGGACUCCAAAUUGGGAAAGAAGUGUGUUCCACUGCCAUUCCUCCACUGGAACUUGUCCCACUUUGCCAGGGAGAAAUACGCUCCACUGCUGCUCAAGCCCAAGAGUAAAGCCAUUGUGGUCAUUCUCUUCCUGGGCCUCCUGGGACUCAGCCUGUACGGGACCACCAUGGUGCACGAUGGACUCUAUUUGACUGACAUUGUGCCACGUGACACCAAGGAGUACGACUUCAUCGAUGCCCAAUUCAAAUAUUUCUCCUUCUACAACAUGUACCUGGUGACUAUGGACGGAUUUGAUUACGCUCGCUCACAGCGUCUUCUGAUCCAGCUACACAACACCUUCAACUCUGUUAGAUACGUGGUCAGAGACAGUGACAACAGAUUACCCCGCAUGUGGCUGCACUACUUCCAGGACUGGCUUCGAGGUCUUCAGGCCGCUUUUGAUUCAGACUGGCUGACGGGGAAGAUUACAUCAGAUAGCUAUCGAAAUGGCACAGAGGACGGCGCUCUGGCAUACAAGCUCCUCAUCCAAACCGGCUCCAAGAAAGAACCCUUCAACUACAGCCAGCUGACUUCUCGUCGGCUGGUGGAUGCAGAGGGUCUCAUCCCCCCUGAGGUGUUCUACAUUUACCUAACGGUUUGGGUCAGUAAUGAUCCUCUGGGCUACGCUGCCUCGCAGGCCAACUUCUACCCCCAUCCCCGAGAGUGGAUUCACGACAAAUACGACACCACGGGAGAAAAUCUGCGCAUUCCAGCCGCAGAACCCCUGGAGUUUGCUCAGUUUCCCUUCUACCUUAAUGGUCUCAGGCAAGCCAGUGACUUUGUGGAAGCCAUCGAGAGUGUGCGGGCCAUUUGUGAUGAGUUCAGCCGCAAGGGCGUGCUAAACUACCCCAAUGGAUACCCCUUCUUAUUCUGGGAGCAGUACAUAGGCCUCAGACACUGGUUCCUGCUGUCAAUCAGCGUGGUGUUGGCAUGCACCUUCCUGGUCUGUGCCCUCCUCCUGCUCAACCCGUGGACUGCUGGCAUAAUUGUGUUUAUCCUGGCUAUGAUGACAGUGGAGCUGUUCGGCAUCAUGGGUUUGAUCGGCAUCAAGCUCAGCGCCAUCCCCGUUGUCAUCCUCAUCGCCUCGGUGGGAAUUGGAGUGGAGUUCACUGUUCACAUUGCACUGGGCUUCCUGACAGCCAUUGGCAGCAGAAACACGCGCUCGGCCGUGGCUCUGGAGCACAUGUUUGCCCCGGUGGUUGACGGCGCCAUUUCCACGCUGUUGGGCGUUCUCAUGCUGGCGGGGUCUGAGUUUGACUUCAUCAUGAGGUAUUUCUUUGCCGUACUGGCUAUCCUCACACUUCUGGGAAUGCUCAAUGGCCUGGUUCUGCUCCCGGUGCUCCUCUCCAUGCUGGGCCCCCCAGCUGAAGUCAGCCCGGUCGACAAUGGCAACCGCCUUCCCACGCCCUCUCCCGAGCCGCCGCUCCCUCCACCGAUGGCUCACCACGGUUACUUCGCAGACCACCACAACCCCCGUUCUGCUCGCCAACAGGCCUUCUCCACUGAGAUGUCGGAUUCGGAAUAUUACUCGGAGAUGACCAGCACGUCUGGGAUCGGCGAGGAGGAUUACAAGUACUGCGAUCGCAGCUCGUACACCGUGCCGCCACCUGUCACCUCUCACAUUCUUCUGGAAGCCAGCAAGAACCCCAGCUUCCCUAAACUCACGGUGGUGAGGCCACUGAGGGACAACACAACAGGAGCCAGGAUAGAACCAUCACCUGAAUCCUUGCACAAUGCUCCAUCACCUUUGAGCUCGCAGCAGGUGACAUGCUGGGAUGGACCCAAGCAGCCGGGACAACACUUACCCGGCGACAGAGCUCACGUACCUGGGCGGACUUCUCAAAGCGGCCCCAGGUUGCAGAGUGGGAGCAGGGGGCCUCAGCCAAACAGGACUAAAGGGCCCGCUGGCUUUAGCAACUCCUCUGGGGGACCCGUUACCAUGGUGACGGCCACAGCCUCCGUAACUGUCGCCGUGCAUCCGACCUUGCCCGGAGCGGCGUACCAAGGCUACAUGCAUGAAGGUUUUGACACAGACACGGAGUCAGACUGCUAUGAGGCCACUAAGAGGACUUGUGGGGACAAAAGGAACUUUUCCUCAUCCAAGAGAGACUCUUUAGAGCUCCAGGACAUGGAAUCGCCGCAGGAUCAUACGACACACCAGCACAAACAAGGCGUGUUGAGGAUCCAGACGGCCAAACAGUCCUAGUCGCUCUCCUUCACUGUUCUGGAAACUGUACAUAAGACGCCACAUAGGAUUUAUUUGAAGGAGAAUAUUAUGUAAAUCUAUGAGUAUAUAUUUUAAUACUAAAAACAAGAGGGAAGCUAUUUAAAAGAGUACUGUGUAACUUUGGGUAUACUCGUGUAAAAUUAUUUUGUGUGGGGGGGGUGGUUGACUUUAGUUUGCCCCUCUAUAGUGUAUAGAAAGUGUUAUAUGUAAAAAGUGUCCACACAAAGUGAGAUCCUAUUAAGAUAUUUGGCUAUUGAACAUACAUGGUCAGUGUUGUAUUUCUAUUUGUACUACAAUUUUGUUUUUUUGCUGCUACACAAAGUCAUUUUAUGUGAUUUGCCUUAAAAAAAAAUGCAGUAGCCCCUCUUCCUCCCCCUUAAAGCUACAUACACACAUUUUGCCUGCACAAUAAUGUACUGUGAGAUCUAGCAGAUUCUUAUCAAUGUGCCUUCAGCAGUAGAAGUUCUAUCUUCCUCACUUUUGGUGAAUUUCCGUCAUCAAUGUCAGUAUCAUCCAGUGUUCUUUGCAGUUGAAUUUACUUGAAGGUGUCAUUUUUUUUGUUCGCAUGAGGAAUUAUAAGGGAGUCUUUUGUUUGUAUUUUUAUGGAAUUAACGAUAAGCUAUUAUUUGCUCUUUUUUCACUUCAUUUUCGAUACGUUCUUCUCCAGAAGUGGUCUCAUCACUGCCAGUUUAAUAUCCAGGGAAUAUGUUUUCCGUUGUUUGGGUUUUUUUUCUAUUUUAUUAUAUUUUUUAAGUGGCAGCUUUGGUUUUUGGUGUAAAAUUGAGUAGUAACUUGAAAAAUUGAACAAAUUCAUCACAAAUAACCACCCUUGGCAGUUUACUCCAGCCAGGAGGAGGUUGAGGGGAAGCUUAUGCAUUGUUUGUAGUUUGUUUUAAGAUUUAAAAAUGUUAAUGUCAUGCCAUAUAAAUUAUUUAUAUUAAAAUUUUAUUUUUGUAGUUUGUACAGAUGUUAGUAUUUAGACUGAAGUUCUAUUUUUAAAGAGUAAAUAUAUAUUAUAUAUAAAUAAAUAUCUAUUUGUUGCUGAGUUUGAUUUGUGUUUGCAUUUAGGAGGGAGGGGAAGUCAUUAUGUUGUUUUUGUUUGUUUUUUUUAGUUUAGUUGGAGGAGCAUGAAGGUGUGUAGGAUUGUGUCACUUUUACCUUCUUCGCCCAUCUUGUCAUUUCUUUUUUAAUGUCCAUGUCUAAAACACUGUGACUUCUGAAAACUAUGCUCAAGAACCCCCCUCCCUCACUUUGUGUGACCGCUAUGUUCUCUCACCUGCUAUAGAAAAUUAACUAACAAAAUAAAUUGAA